CACUUCCGGCGGCUGUCGUGUUGUGUGUAUGUGAUCUGCGUACGCGCCGUUUGUAUGAGAUUUCUGGCUGUGCUAGGCCUUUAAGUUAUUAAUCUAUAUUUUGGGCUUAAAAAUGGAGACGAUUUUGGAGCAGCAGCGGCGGUACCAUGAAGAAAAAGAAAGGCUAAUGGAUGCCAAAACAAAAGAAAUGCUCCACAAGAAAACGACGCUACGCGACCAAAUAAAUUCGGAUCAUCGAACUCGCGCAAUGUUGGAUAGAUAUAUGGAAGUGAGUGCAAAUUUGAGGGACUCCUAUGAAGACAAGGAUGGCAUGAGGAAGGAUGAGCUCAAUGCCAUCUCUGGGCCAAACGAAUUUGCAGAGUUCUACAACCGUCUCAAGCAGAUAAAGGAAUUCCACCGGAAGCACCCCAACGAGAUUUGUGUGCCAAUGUCUGUGGAGUUUGAAGAGCUGAUCAAAGCCAGGGACAACCCUAGCGAAGAGGCACAGAACCUUGUUGAAUUCACUGAUGAGGAGGGUUAUGGACGCUACCUGGAUCUGCAUGAUUGUUACCUGAAGUUCAUCAACCUGAAAGGCGCAGAGAAACUGGAGUAUAUCACUUACCUGUCAACGUUUGAUCAGCUUUUCGACAUCUCCAAAGACAGAAAGAACGCAGAAUACAAAAAGUAUCUGGAGAUGCUGUUGGAGUAUCUCCAGGACUACACCGACAGAGUGAAGCCUCUCCUGGACCAAAACGAGCUGUACGGCAAGAUCCUGGCCGAGUUUGAGAAGAAGUGGGAGAUUGGGACCUUUCCUGGCUGGCCGAAAGAGACGAGCAGCGCUUUAACCCAUGCGGGGGCUCACCUGGACCUCUCUGCCUUCUCGUCCUGGGAGGAGCUGGCAUCUCUGGGGCUGGACAGGCUGAAGUCUGCCCUCAUGGCCCUGGGGCUGAAGUGUGGCGGGACCCUGGAAGAGAGGGCUCAGAGGCUCUUCAGCACCAAGGGGAAGUCCCUGGAGUCCCUUGAUCCAUCCCUCUUUGCCAAGAAUCCGAAAUCCAAAGGACCAAAAAAGGACACAGAACGCAACAAAGAGAUGGCCUUCCUUGAGGCUCAGAUCUAUGAGUAUGUGGAGAUCCUGGGGGAGCAGAGGCAGCUGACCCAUGAGAACGUGCAGAGGAAGCAGGCGCGGACGGGAGAAGAACGAGAGGAGGAAGAGGAGGAGCAGCUCAGCGAGAGUGAGAGCGAGGACGAGGACAACGAGAUCAUCUACAACCCCAAGAACCUGCCCCUGGGGUGGGAUGGCAAGCCUAUACCAUACUGGCUGUACAAACUGCACGGGUUGAAUAUCAACUACAACUGUGAGAUCUGUGGGAACUACACAUACAGAGGGCCCAAAGCCUUCCAGCGUCACUUUGCAGAAUGGCGUCAUGCGCACGGCAUGCGCUGCCUGGGUAUCCCCAACACCGCCCACUUCGCUAACGUCACCCAGAUCGAGGACGCCGUGUCACUUUGGGCGAAGCUGAAGUCACAGAAGGCAUCAGAGAGAUGGCAGCCGGACACAGAGGAAGAAUAUGAGGACUCCAGUGGGAACGUGGUGAACAAGAAGACCUAUGAGGAUCUGAAACGCCAAGGCCUGCUGUAGAGACGACAAGAAAAGAACCCUCACUGUGUUUAUAAGAAAAAAACAUGAAAG